GCCCAUCCCCGCCCCCUCCCCGCCCACUUGCGGUGACGUCACGGCCCGGCGGUUCGCUUCACGAGCGGCCUGUGAAGAUGGCGGGGGCGGAGGAGGAGGCGGAGGCGCGCGACUUGGUGCGGAGAAUCCUCAAAGACAUCGGCAACGCUUUCCGCAAGAACCCGGCCAUUGAUGAGAUUGGCGUGAUCCCCGUUUCGGAGGCUCGCUACAACCGCAGCCCCGUCGUGCUGGUGGACAGCAAGCUGGGACUGGAGAGCUGGUGCAUUAAGCUCUUGGUGCCCCACGUGCACGUGCAACUUGUGCACUUCCGUCAGCGCAAGAUUUGGCCAGAUCAAGACGGCCUUGCUGAACUGACUCACACACUGCUGCUUCUUAAUCCUGACUGCACUACAGCAUGGAAUGUACGAAAGGAACUCAUCGCCGCCAAUCUCUUGGAGCCCAGGAAGGAUCUUCGUCUGGGCAGCCUGGCCCUCACCAAAUUCCCAAAGAGCCCGGAGACCUGGAUACACAGGCGAUGGGUAUUACAGAGAUUGCUGAACUCUCAGGAGCGGGCACGAGCAUCUGCAGAUGAUGGCGAUGAGUGUGCGGCGGCGCGAGCGGAGGCUGUGUGGCACUUGGUGCAGGGGGAGAUGAGCGUGUGCCGCGCUGCCGCUGAGCGCUACCCUAGCAACUACAACGCCUGGUCCCACCGAAUAUGGGUCCUGCAGAAUGUGGCUCGCUGCAGUGUAAAGGUGCUGCUCGCUGAGCUCGCUGCCACCGAGCCCUGGGUACGGACGCACGUCUCGGAUCACAGCGGCUUUCACUACAGGCAGUUCCUGCUGAACUCGCUGGCCGCCGCCACCUCCAGCGCCGCGGACCCCACCCGUGUGAGCCCCUUGUCAGAGACGGCGCAGCAGGACGGCGAGGGCCCAGGGGCCGCCCUGGCAGAAUCUGGUCCACAAAGCGACACGGUGGCCCUGACGACGCUGCUCCAUCGAGAAUUCGACCUCUGCACCGACCUCAUCCUUGCUUACCCUGGCCAUGAGACGCUGUGGUCUCACAGGAGGUUCUUGUAUCAUCUGUGGCACCGGAAUGACGGCAAGGGUGGGUCGUCUAGCCCCAGCGGUACGCGGGUGCCGGAUAAAACACGGGGCACUCAACACGAAGGCACCGGCAGCCACAGUGAAAACGCCAAGGAUGGCGAUGGCAGCGGCAGUGUGGCAAACGGCGGGUCGCCAAGCGCUUCGCACACUCGCGGGCGCGCCAAUGGGCAGGGCUCGAAGCGUCUGAAGGCCGAGCCGAGGCCGUACAGCUUGCAGGACGAGGUGUCGUUUGCGGCGCGGGCCCUGGCGGAGUCGCCGGGCUCCCUGCAGGCUCGCUCUGCUGCUGCUUACACCAGGUGGCUCGAGUCUGUCGGCGAGCAGUAAUCCUUACAGUCCCGUGCGGGAACUGGGGUUUAAACUGGCUGCUGAGUAGAAAGAAACACCACGAUCCUAAACAGAAUGUAAAAAAUACGGUACACAACCAUAUUUUCAGUACCCGCAGUGCACUUUGUUUUUUACAGGAUAUGAUAUAAUGUGGCACAGCUUCCAUUUUAACGUUGUUACACGUCCGUAUUAAUAUCAGGUCAGUUGGGCACAUUUUUAACUCCAUCUGUGUGCCGCAGAUACAUUUCAUCAGCACUUUUUGCAUGUGGUUUGUUACUCCUUAUUACCCCAAUUGGGCCUAUUUCUGAAUGUUGAAGUUAUUCAAAAUACCACGAUGUAUAGUAUUGUACUAUCCAGAAUAUUGUGCUUCGUGUUAAAAUUAAUUAUUUACAGGUUUAGGUUUAAAUACGCACAGCGUCAUGUUUUCACGUAAAGUUAGUUUUAUGUUUACAUAACAAGUGUACGUGCUAUGGGAGUGUGUGGUGUGCCGUUAGUGCAGCUGUGAGAUUUUAAAAUCUCAUCUCCGGUAAAUGAGAUUAGGAGAGAUUAAUGCCCACUCAGGAGUGGCAAGCCAGCAUCUCUUGAGACCCUUUAUUCAAGUCCUGGGUUACCAUCUUUGAUUAAAAAAAAAGGUAAAAACAUUUAAUAGCAUCAGCGCAUCCUUUUAACGAAUGUGCAACAUCUAAUUAAAAUUGGUAAUUGCACUUGAAUCGGCUGUACGAUCAGGAUAUAUUAAUUUGCAAAAGGAGUACCCAUACUGAUGAGCACAACUGUAGAACACUGAGCAGUUGAUGCAAUUAAAUGGCAUUGGGGGAUAUGCUCUCGUGUUUUCGAUUUGUAUUGAUGUCUCCAUCGACAAAUUUGACCUGCUAUAGCUCUUAAUGGGGACAGAUUUACUUGGUUCUCAAUCAAAGAAACAUCCAACCGAACAACUUUGGUUUAAUUCUUUCAUGUUUUAUUUUAAUUGGAGGAUGUGGUUCGUGUUGGAAGAUUAUAAUAGACAACUGUCAGAAGUCUGUCAGAAUAUGCAAAAGAGGUGUCAGGAGUUCAUUUAUUUUUUUGUUGCAUGGCCGUGGAAAGUGAGAUUGGGCAGUUCGACCCAAUAGUGGAGUUUAGCUACCUCCUUGGACUGUCUUCCUGUGUUCGUGAUUCAAGACAUUACUGUCAAGGAAAUAAAUGCACACUUUAGUAGUUGUGAACUAUUGUAUAUGUAGCUUAACCUCAGCAAGUCUAACAAUAGUCACUUACGGGUGGCCUGUUUGUACAAUUUCAAAUCGUUGGAUUUAGUUCUUCAUUGACCAUGCGCAUAUUUAAGAAGAUAUCAUUCAAAUCUGGACUUAAUUAUAUUGUCAUGAUAUUAACAUAGUUUGGUCCAGGCUAUUUGACACGUGCAAAUGUGUGUACUUUUAUGAAAUCGUGUUCCAUGUUUGAAGACCAUGCUGUACAGGCAGCAAUGUCUGAUGGGGCUUUUGAAAGGGCUGCCUAAAAUCAACACUUGCAAAUGUAAAAUUACCUGCUAUUGGUAAAUAGGUCAUGGUUAGUGAAGAACAUCCUCGGAAGGCUUCAAUGCUUACCAGAUCUGAAAUGUGGAGCCUGUCACAUGCAACAUUUUCCUGUUUGUCACAAGUGUUUGCUCGCAUUCUUCAUUUACAAAACAUUUCUUGUUAGAGCAGCAUUGAAAUGCACGUAUUACAUUACAAUUAUGCCCAUCAACCAUUUUGCCUGCUAGACGUUCUGACAUAAACGUGCCGUUGCUGCAUCAAUACCCGGAAUAGAUAACCGUAGGACUGCUGAAGAUACCGCACAUUUGCAAAACACUUCUUUUUCAUGUAUUUCCUCAUGUAAAAAGUUUUUCACAACUCCCUAACGGAAGACGCAAGAGAAAUGCAAGUUCACUGCAGACUAUCGAUGCUUACGUUUGAAAUUUACCAGCUGCUGAAUCUCUACUUCACUCUUAGAACCGGUAUAAACUGCGAUGCUGCACUCACAAGUAUGGUUGGAUGUGGUCCGUAGAUUAUUUAUCAUCAAUAAAUGUAUGCAACUCUGAAUCCAUUGCUUUUAUUGAAACCACGUCAAUCACUUAUACUUACAUGAACACUGGCUGGAAUAAAAAAAAAUACUCGUCUGUGCCUUGUUUGGCGUUAAGUAGAUGCUUGUGUUAAUUGUGCAGUAAAAUUUACACGUCAAAAUA